CCGAAGUUGAGCGAAGUGCGAGCUCACGUAACAUGGCUCGUGCGGUAGGAUAUGUCGGAUGACAGUGCAAAUCAGUACAGUUGCAUUUGUACAGUUUACGAGACACUAUUUUCAGUAAUGGGUCAACUUAUGCAUUACGUGCACCUAUUGAUAACCAGUGUAACAGCUGAUACAUACAUUUAGUGUUAUCAGACGAUAAUUGCACGUGAAAGAAAUAAUAUAAACGAUUAAAAUCUAACUUCGAUCGUGUAAAAGAAAAUCACUUUGUAUGUAGCUACGUAACGUGCGUCCGAAAUAUUAAUAAUGUACAUGUGGUAACCUUUGCACCAGUUACACGAUGGCUACGGGAAAACGAAGAAGUGUGCAUACGACACUCGGUAAUUCCGCGAUGUUUGGUUCAGCAGCGGCAAAUAAUCUAAGGACGAACCGUUUAAAUUUUCGUCCAAAUUCAACUCAGGAAGACAGAGGCGGAACUCGGCCAACCGCUGCACCAAGUUCUAUAGGUCUUAUUUUUGUAACGAUGUUUUUACAUGUUUGCAAAAAAUCUCUACUAUUUGAUACAAGGCUCAAGGUCGCUAUAUAUUGCGGUGCAAUAUUUGUAGUGUCGCUCAUAGCAGACUUUACCACUAUGCCAAGAACAUAUUUUUCGCGUUCUGAUAACGCACUUAACCAAUAUUUUGUAAAGUGGGGAUGGGGUUGGCUGUUGACCAUAACCGUUCCGUGGGUAGCAUUGACUGCUUAUACAGUCGGCUGCGGUCGCAGAUCGAUUUUACUCAAACAUCUUGCUAGACUGGGUUUAGCCACAGUCGCAUGGCUACUAUGGAUCAAAUUAUUUAAUUAUAUUGAAACGAAUUAUGGUCGAUGCCUUAACACGAGAGACAUACAACUACAAACGAAAAGAAAGUGUCUUCAGUCUGGUAGAUUUUGGAGUAGCAUUGAUAUAUCUGGGCACACAUUUAUUCUUAUUUAUUCAAGUUUAAUUCUGGCAGAAGAAGGUUCUUCCUUGAUUGGAUGGGAAGGUAUAAAAGAUUUGAUUAUGCGAGAAGAACAUUCACGAAUUACUCCGAACGAGCCCAGUACUGGACCACUUCGUAAUCUUUCAAAUUUGGACUUGGAGUUCUUGAAGAAGGCGCACAAGGCGUUAACACCUUAUCUCCGAGGCCUUUUCGUCGCAAUGACAUUGCAACAAUUACUUUGGGAUAUUAUGUUAAUAUCUACAAUACUCUAUUAUCAUAUUAUGAUAGAAAAGUUUGUGGGAGGUGUAGCUGCUGUUCUAACAUGGUAUGUUACGUACCAAUGGUGGUACAAGUCUGCAAAAAGUUUACUACUUCCUCCAGGUGAUGGUUUAUUUAAAUAUAACGAGGUAAAAGUUCAUGACAGUAGUUCUAUCAGAUCAAGACGUAGCACUCUCAAUGGUACAAAUAGAUUUAUGGGACUCCCUAUUCGCAUAAGCCAAGACAAUAUUGAUACAAAUGGUAUUAAUAGGCAAUUAGAUUCUGAUGUAAUAGCUACAAGAUUAUAAAAGUCUUCAUUUGUUCAGCUUUCUUUUCACUGGUUGGGUUAGAAGCUGUCAAACAAGAACACUGAUUAAUUUUGGAAAAGGUUUAUUAAAUCUCUGGUUACCGGUCAUAGUACAUUAGAUAUGUACCAAGUUCUGGAUAAAUUAUACAUAUUAUUGAUGGUAUUUUAUUUAAUCGAAACUGUCACUUCCUUUAAAACAGAAUUUUUAAUCAAAUUAUGUAAGUAUCAUCAUUCAUUGUAAUUAAUUUCGAUUGUUUUU